AUGUCUCCGGUAUCCUCUUCCCGAACGGCUGCACGUGUUCGUAGAUACCUCGACUCGUCCUCUCUUGUGGGGGACAUCCGAAGACUGAGCUCCAACCCUCUCACCGCAGCCGAUUUGGCCCUGCCGGUGCCGGGCGACAACGGAAGUCUCAGCCACAACGCAGACAUUGUCGUUCACGCUGCCGAUCAAGACACUUUCGUACACAACGUGACCCGCACCCCUUCAACGGGACUCCUUGGCAUUGGCGACGAGGCGACCCUGACGGCACAUUUUUCCCGAAAGGUGCGCUACACCGGCGAGCCCCCUACGCUUGAGCUCGCCACCGCCACGCCGUUCGACGUGGUGUCCUGCUCGUCCCCCUCGGCAGGCUCCUUCGCCGACUCGCUCACCUUCUCGUACACCGUUUCCCCCGGGGACUAUUCUUCAGACCUUUCCUACACCAACUCUGGCGCUCUUUCCCUCCUAGUCUCCGCGUCCGCCAACGACAGCGAAUCUACGACAUCUACGACGGAGAUCGUGGACGAGUCCGGGAACGACGUGAACGUGACGCUCCCCGCGGUCGGCUCGGAGCUGUCGGUUACGGGGGGAGAGGAGUGGCGGAGGCUGGAGGCCGAGGAGGGGGAAGGCGAGGGCGCGCUCGUGGUGGACACGUCGAACGUCGUCCUGUACGUGACGUCCACGAACGGGGACGGGGUUUACUACACGGGGGAGAGCAUUUUCGUUCAGGUGGUAUACAACAACGAUGUUGUGAUCUUCGGGACUCCUCUGCUGACCCUACGAGUAGGCGACGCUCCUUACUACAACCGCAGGGCCGUGUAUUCAAGCGGAUCCGGGACGUCUGUACUCGUCUUCGAGUACAUUGUUGAGCUUGGCGACCACACGAUCCGCCUCGACUACGACGGCACGAACGCGCUCUACCUCCCCACCACCACGGAGGGCUCAUCGUCACCAAUGUUAUCCGAGGAACCCGUAUCGGCGGUCCGGUCCAAGUACGACGAGGACAUAGACGCCGACCCCACCCUGCCGCCCGUCUGGUCCCCGGACACGCUUGGAGCGAGGGUUUCGAUCACGAUUGCCGGAGACGUUACGCCGACGGUGGUGUCGGUGUCGUGCCCCCUGACCCCGGGCGGCGUCGCCUACGGCGUGGGCGAAGUGAUCGACCUGGAGGUGCUGUUCACCACGCGUGUGUACGUGAAAAAAUCGAUAUCGCUGCCCUACCUGCUCGUCGAGACCGGCGAGGAUCGGCGAGGCGACGCGCAGGCAAACUACCUGAGUGGAAACAUGACGGACACGCUCACGUUCCGGUACACCGUGGUGGAGGGCGACAGCACAGACAGGUUCGAUAUCCUGGACACGCGGACUAACGGUCGCCAAAAGUUCUCCACGGCACUGGUCAAAGCGCCGGCAGCAGAGGUCAAGGCCGCCUCGGACAGGCCCUCAGUGGACGCUCUCCUGUUCCUUGCCGUCCCCGGGGACCCCGGCACGAUUUCCUUCGACAGGAACAUCACCCUUGACACCGAGGCCCCCUUUGUGCGCUCCGUGACCGUCACCAGUGAGGACGGUGUCUACGGCACCGGGGACACGAUUGGCCUCGUCUGCGCCUUCUCGCAGCCGGUCGUGGUGGUCGGAGAGGCGCAGGGCACACCGUCCAUCGGCCUAAGCCUGGGAAGGUCGGACCGGAGCUCCCGAGCGGUGUACUCCGGGGGGAACGGGACUGCGGACUUCGAGCUGUCCUACACGGUUCAGUACGGGGACUACACCGAGCUCCUCGACUACGAGUCGGCGGACUCGUUCCUUCUUUUCCAGACUUGGCAGCAGGCGAUGGAGAGGAGCGGGGCAGCAAUCAAGCGGUCCUCGACAAACCCCUCGCAGGACGCCGACCUUACGUUAGCACCGCCGGGGUCGCCCCUUACGGUCCUUGGUAAGUUCAGCAUCGCCGCCAUGGGGAGCAAGGUGGCGGUGCAGACGGAGAGCGUUCGAGUGGUUGGAGCGACCAGCUCUUUCUCCAAUGGCACCUACCCGGAAGGAAGCGUGAUUCCCAUCACAGUCAAGUUUUCCGUCGAGGUGUACGUCAUGUACGGGGUCCCGUCCCUGUUGCUCAACGUGCGUGACACCGCCGCAACCGACGACAAUGAGACCACAAUAGCUCCAUCGGGCGGCACCGGCACCGCCUACGCCAACUACACGGCGGGCAACGGAACAUCAGAGCUCCUGUUCGCGUACACCGUGGAACGCGGCGACGCCACAGACCGCCUGGACUACUCUUCCCCCGCGGCCGACGCACUCUGGGCACCUUUCGGAGCCAUCGUCGCCAAGGACACUACGCUCGGGUGGCCGGUUUACCUGUGGAGCUUGCCGGAGCCGGGCGCGGAGGACUCUCUGGGCUGGAACACAGACAUUGUAAUCAGUGACGAGGUUCUGCUGGUGGAGCGGGUGUGGUCGACAACGCCCGAGGGCACCUAUGGGGCGGGGGAAAAUAUCGACCUGUACGUAGGGUUCCGAUUUCCGAUACUGCUGGAAUCCGACACGUCUUUCUUGUCGGUCAAUACCGUGGGCGGUGGUGAGCAAAAGAGUGUGCGACGACGAUUACGUCACAGUUUUGUACGAGGAUAUCCGGUGGAGCUAUCCAGGCUGGAUGCCACCGAGAACGCUCUCGUGUUCACGUACGCGGUGCAGGAAGGGCACGAGACCGCCGCGCUGGAGGUGGCGUCGGCGUACGCUCUCAACGGGACAGUGCGCCUGAAUGCCACGUACGCGACGUCAUCGAUCAACAUCACCCUCCCGGAGGCCGGGGAGCCGGAGAGCCUGAGCUACGACCGGACCAUCGAGAUCGACACAACCGCGCCCGCCGUCUUGAACGCCACGAGCACCCAGCCCAACGGGACGUAUGCAACGAGCGCCGUCAUCGGCAUAACCGUCCGUUUCAGCUCCCCCGUUGUGGUCGUGAACGGCGGGGAUUACCCGGCCAACUGUACCGCCGGCGGUAGCGGUGAUGGUAGUAGCAGCAGUGAUGGCGAUGUCGCGUGGUGUGAGGGGCUUCCGGUGCUCCAGCUCGACGCGAGCGGGGAGAACGGGGACAAGAACGCGACGUACGCCGGCGGGAACGGGACCGCCGACCUCUUGUUCGAGUACGAGGUGGCAGAGGGAGACGGAUCGAGCCGACUCGACUACGCAUCCACUGCCGCCUUGUCUGCAGGGAUUGGGGACAUCCUUCGCGCGAGCGCUAACCCUUCCACCCCGGCCGACAUCUCGCUGCCGGCGAAGGGCACCGCGGGAAGCCUGGGCUGGUCGUCAGAGAUCAUCGUGGACUCGUCCACGGGGUACAUCUUGGAUGUAAACUCGACCAAACCGGACGGGGUGUACGGCAUAGGGGAGGAAAUCUACAUCGACGUCUAUCUUUCGACACCUGUGACCGUCGCAGGCACGAUCUUUUUGGAGCUGAACGCAGGCCCCGAAGUGGUGGGAGUGUACGUUUCCGGCGGUAGUAGCGACGACGGCGUGUUGACGUUCCUGUACACCGUCUCGGAGGGGGAUGCCACGCCCAACCUAGACACCGACGGGCAAAAUUCUGUCGUGGUUCCCGAAGGCUCGAGCAUCCGGAGCGUUGACGAAGCGCGGACGCCGAUGGUGCUUGUUCUGGACACCGAAACCAGCGGUCAGGGAUCGUUAGGGAUGAACAAAGACCUGACGAUCAACACCCUUCCUCCGUACGUGCUCGACGUCGCGUCCAGCAAACGAAAUGAGGAGUACGGUGCGGGAGAGGAGAUCGAGAUCACGGUGACCUUCGACUACCCGGUCGUGGUUGUAGCCGGCGCGGUUCUGCUGAUCGACACGGGCGGAACGACGACCUCGGCCGAGGCCGUCUUUUCGUCCGGCAACGGCAGCACCACGGUCACCUUCCUCUACACCGUGUCGGAGGGAGACGAGUCGGUGGACCUCGGGACUUUCGAGGGUGGCGACGCCGGAGAAGGCGGCGGCCUGGACGGAACCGUUCUUCGUGACUCGGACAACCCUACUCAGGAGGCGAAUACGACGCUGCCAGUGUCCGGCGAGGACGGCAGCCUGACGGUGAACAACGACAUCAUCAUCGACACCACCGCGCCCUACGUCAUCGCCGUGCUGUCCUUGAGGGAAGGCGUCUACACCGUGGGCCAGAUCGUCGACCUGCAGGUUAUCUACAACAAGCCGGUGAACGUCACCGGCACGCCCCGCGUGUCCUUCGUCCUCGACUCGUCCAACAACACCAUAUCGUCAUCGGACUCUCUCGUUUACUCCUACGCCUACUACGACGCCUCGUUCGACAUCGGCAGCUUAGCAGACGAGCACAGAGCCCUGUCCUUCGUAUACAUGGUUAGAGACGGCGAUGAGAUGUCGCACUUCAAGUACACAGGAUCGGAUGCACUGGAGCUGUACGACAACGCUACCAUCAAACGAGCCUCCACGACCGCCACCACGGACGCGCUCAUCAACCUGCCGACCUCAGAAGGGGGAUCCCUUCUGGACCUAGUCACCAAGACCGAGGUUAUCGUCCGCGGGCUCUACCACGCCGACGCGUCGGAUCUUGAGAUCACCGUGUUGCACCAGGAGCACUCUUGCGUGCUGUCUGCCUCGGCCGAGACGAUGGGGGACAGUAACAGCUACAGCGCCAGACCCGCCGGAGUGCAGUUCGGAGUUCCCGAGGAACGCCGACACAUGCGAGGGUUUGGACCGAAUCCAGCCGCAUCGACUGGCGCACCUUCGCGGCCAGCGUACUGGCACAGAGGGAUAGGCUACGACUACGCCUUCGCUGACGUCGUCGGAGAGAAUGUGGCCAAGCACGAGCAAGCGGUGUCCAGGCAGAGUUCCACCAUGUUCGGGGGCGUGUCGGGGGCAGCAGUUGACGGCCAGCUUAGCCGAUUUUUCUCCGACGGAUCCACCACGAUGACCUCCCUCGAGACGCAGCCGUGGUGGCAGGUAACGUUUAUUAAAUCGUACACCCUGGGUUACGUCCGCCUCUUCGGGCGAGAGGAUGAGGUGGUGAAACCCGAGGUCCAGACGAUAACACUCAGGAGCAACAACGCGCUGGGAGGAAGCUUCACGCUGAACUUCACGGAUUCUCUGGGCACCAGCAGCUUGACCGAUGAUAUACAAUACAACGCGGUCGGGGCGCUCGGAGAAGAACGGGGAAACGGCACGGGCACCGGUUCGGGGGAAUCGUUGGAGUCCAAGCUGGAGGAGCUCUCCGGCAUCACUUCGGUUGAGGUGACGCGGUCGAGUUCUCCCUCCUCGCAGGAUGAGGACGUGUACCAGCGGACGUGGACGGUGACGUUUGUGUCUCCUUCUGGCGACGUUCCUCAGAUAGGGCUUGGGUCUGAUGAGGGCCUGACCAGCUUCGGAAACACUUUUACUUUCGCCACGAUUCAGGAUGGCACGACCCCAGGAGGAUUGGAGACCCUCGAGGAAGCCAAGGCCGCCGCCAGCUACUCUGUCUACCUCCCCGAUAACGAGCCCGAGGUCAACAUCCCCAUCCCGGGCGGGAUCGUUGGUCGCGUCAUCCGCGUCCAGCUGGAAGGGACCGGCUACCUAUCUAUCUCGGAGCUACAGGCGUACGAGCUGUCGUUCUUACCCUUAUCCAAGCCAACGCGGUCGAACCCUGUUCCAGUCCGAGAAGAGUGGGACCCGAUCCAUGCGGAAGAGAGCCUGACGGCCGCCUUCAUGGGUACCACCGUCAGUGGACAGUGGACGCUUCGGCUCCGGGACACGACGGCAAUGGCAGUGGGCACCGGUAUCGGCAGGGCCGCGAAUCGGCACGCCCACGGGGACGGAGGCGUCGCUGGUUGGGAGCUGGUGGUGACGGACUUUUUCGGCAACGUGUUCCGCUUCACGACGGACUCCGUUGUCACGGUGGAAACACUUCCCAAGUACGGCCGGCUGUUCGCAGGAGCGUCCAACGCCGCGGAAGCCCUGACAGCAGCAUCAACAACAACGACAAACGUAACCACCAACACCACCACCGCCACGAAUUACCAAGAGACCAGCACAGCGUAUCACAUUACCGCUGCGGAUGGAUUCGAUCGCCACCUCGGUGCUUGCCACGCGGUCGGCGGCGGCGACCGCGGGGAUCGUUCCCGUAACUGUCCGGACAUGUUCGGCUCAGGCCCGAGCCUGUCAACAAGGUCGCUCGGGGCCGUGGCGGCGAGGAAUCGGGUGCAAGCCGCGCCUGGGGGCGGGGCUAAGUUGUGGUACUUGCCAGAGGAGGGCUACCUUGGCCCUGACGACUUCGGGUUCAGCGUCACCGUCGCAGGGGUCAAGUCAGAGGACGCCUGGGUGGUUGGGGUGCACACGCGAAGGUGUCGUCUCUUCGAGGAAGGCGACGCGCACGACCUGUGCCUGUGUGAAAGCCCGGUCAUACAGGUCGAUCAGGAUCAACAGGCCCUUUGCUACUCGGCUGUGGAGAGUGUGUGCGCGAGCGAACUGUCCGGGUUGGGGGGCAACAAGACUGAUUCAAAUACAAGGCUCAACACCAAGAUCAAGGUUCGCAUGUGCAAGGCGUGCGACGUCACUUACCGGGGUCAGGUGACCUCCACACCCGAGACCUUCUCCGAGUACACGUCUGAGUGCCUCGCGGAGAUCGGAAAGGUCGGCGAUUGGCUGGUUGCCGAGGGGUACUGUCAAGAUACGUACACCUUCCCGGUGUGCGACAACGAGGCCUUCGACCCCGUGGGAAACCCUAUCGAAGGCCCUAGCCUCGGGGUUGCUAGGUCUUUGCGGCUGGAGGGCUUAGGUACCAAGCAGACGGAUAGGACCGACAUUAGACGGAGGUCUGGGUCUGGAAGUGCGGAUGGUGGGGAGGAUGGUGGCGAAUGUAGGUGCACCCAGGCACCGGAGGGGUGCCCUUGCCGGGAUCAAGCGUGGGCCACACGGGACCAGGGUUGA